AUGGAAAGUACAGUUUCUCCUUGUUUUAAAGAGAAAAGUAUACUGCUUGCUUUUGAAGAUGUUUCUCUAUCAAUCCAUGUUGAAAUAGUUUCUAAAGAGUCAAUUAUUGAUUCAAAAAGUUCCAAAAAUACUAGUAUUGCUUCAUGCCGUUCGACCCAUCUUGUUGGGCAUAAAGUUUUCAAUUUAGUUUUUCUUGAACUUGGAGCAUUUUGUCCAACCGAAUUUUGCAAAAGAGCCUGUCUUUUAGGUGUGUUAAAGAAACUACAACCUGUCUGA